UUGAUCUUCCCCAAUGUCAUGGAUAAAAAAAGACGCUUCUGCUGGAGUUGCAGAUAGCAUGAAAAAGAAAGGCAACAGCGGCAGCAACAGUAACGCCGGCGCCUCUACCACCGUCGCUGCUGCCGCUGCCAGCCCCGGCUGCCUCGCCUUUGCCACCGCUAUCAUCCACUCGGGAUUGGGUUCGAAACCGGGCGCGGGUGGCAGUGCUAGUGUUAUGGACGAGGAGGGGGAAGGCGAGGAGGAACCCGGGCUGCAGCCGCAGCCACGCCGGGGAGGUGGCAGCGGCAGUGGCGGUGGAGGCGGAGGAGGCAGCAUCAGAAUGAAGAACAUCACACCAGGAGGGGGAGCCGCGCCAGCAGCGAGCAACAACUCCAGCAACAACGAGCUGUGCCUCUUGCAAGGCGAAGGAGCUGCGUCGACUGCUGCCUCUCCUUCUGCAUCUAACACGACCCCUACAUGCCAGGGUGAUGCUGUUGGCUGUGCUGGGGGAGUUGGUGGGAGAGGGGGAGGAGGGGACUCCGCCACAGCUGUGUUAGCAGUAGCAGCAGCGACCAACACUAGCAGGAGUAAUAGUGCCUCCAGCACGGGCACGAAAUGCAACAAAAACAGAGACUGCAUCAGAGAUCAAAGCACCGGGAGCUUAUCUUCCAUUAUCUCUAAGCAGGACAGGCAGCAGGGAAGGGGUGGAGGAGGAGAAGACAGAAAAAAACAGGGUGCUUCCCCCAAAACGAGCGCCUCCAGUAUGGAAGGGACGACCACCACUGCCGCCACCACCACCACCACCGCCGUCGCUUCCUCGCUGACUCAGGGUCAGGGGGGCGAGCAGGCUCCCUCCACCGCUGUUGUCUCCGAAAAAAGGGAACCCAAGGUGUCCUUUUCCAAUGCGCCAAGCAGGAAAGCGUCCUCGUCUGUGUACGGCCAGAGUCAAUCGCAGGCGCCACCGCAGCAGGACGACCAACCCCGGAAUUCAGUCACCUUUCUCAAAUCCGACGAAGGCGCCCAGAUCUUAGCCGACGAUGGGGAUCCAGGGGGCAGUCAGGGGAGCUUCAUGCAGCGGCAGUUUGGGGCCAUGCUGCAGCCUGGAGUUAACAAAUUCUCCCUGCGGAUGUUCGGGAGCCAAAAGGCGGUGGAGAAGGAGCAGGAGCGGGUUAAAUCGGCCGGGGCUUGGAUCAUCCACCCGUACAGUGAUUUCAGGUUCUACUGGGACUUCACGAUGCUGUUGUUCAUGGUGGGGAACCUCAUCAUCAUCCCCGUGGGGAUCACCUUCUUCAAAGACGAGACCACCGCUCCCUGGAUUAUCUUCAACGUGGUCUCCGACACCUUCUUCCUCACUGACCUGGUGCUGAACUUCCGCACGGGCAUCGUCAACGAGGACAACACGGAGAUCAUCCUGGACCCCCGGAAGAUCAAGAAGAAGUACCUGAAGACCUGGUUCGUGGUGGACUUCGUCUCCUCCAUCCCGGUGGAUUAUAUCUUUUUGAUCGUGGAGAGGGGGAUCGACUCCGAGGUCUACAAAACGGCCCGGGCCCUGAGGAUAGUCCGCUUCACCAAGAUCCUCAGCCUCCUGAGACUGCUGCGGCUCUCCAGGCUCAUCCGAUACAUCCACCAGUGGGAAGAGAUCUUCCACAUGACCUAUGACCUGGCGAGCGCAGUGAUGCGGAUUUUCAACCUGAUUGGCAUGAUGCUGCUGCUGUGCCACUGGGAUGGGUGCCUGCAGUUUCUCGUUCCCAUGCUCCAGGAAUUCCCCAGUGACUGCUGGGUCUCCUUGAACAAGAUGGUGAACGACACGUGGAGCGAGCUGUACUCCUUCGCGCUCUUCAAGGCCAUGAGUCACAUGCUGUGCAUCGGUUACGGCCGGCAGGCGCCCGAGAGCAUGUCCGAUAUCUGGCUUACCAUGCUCAGCAUGAUCGUGGGCGCCACCUGCUACGCCAUGUUCAUCGGCCACGCCACGGCGCUCAUCCAGUCCCUCGACUCCUCUCGCCGGCAGUACCAGGAGAAGUACAAGCAAGUGGAGCAGUACAUGUCCUUUCACAAGCUUCCCGCCGACUUCCGCCAGAAAAUUCACGACUACUACGAGCACCGCUUCCAGGGAAAGAUGUUUGAUGAGGAGAGCAUCCUGGAAGAACUGAACGAGCCGCUGAGAGAGGAAAUCGUGAACUUCAACUGCCGGAAGCUGGUGGCAUCGAUGCCUCUGUUCGCCAACGCGGACCCCAACUUUGUGACGGCCAUGCUGACCAAGCUGCGCUUCGAGGUGUUCCAGCCCGGGGACUACAUCGUCCGCGAGGGCACCAUCGGCAAGAAGAUGUACUUCAUCCAGCAUGGCGUGGUCAGCAUCCUCACCAAGGGCAACAUUGGCAUGAGGCUCUCAGACGGGUCCUACUUUGGGGAGAUCUGCUUGCUGACACGAGGACGCCGCACAGCCAGUGUCCGGGCCGACACGUACUGCCGCCUCUACUCGCUCUCCGUGGACAACUUCAACGAGGUGCUGGAGGAGUACCCCAUGAUGAGGAGAGCCUUCGAGACUGUGGCCAUCGAUCGGCUUGACCGCAUAGGUAAGAAGAACUCCACCCUGAUGCACAAGGUGCAGCACGACCUCAGCACGGGCGUCUUCAACAACCGCGAGAACGAGAUGAUCCAGGAGAUUGUGAAGUACGACCGCGAGAUGGUCCAGAGGGUGGAGCUGCAGCGGCCCAGGGCCAUGUCCAUGACGCCCCCCCUCCAUGGGGCAAUGUUUGGCUACCCUGGUCAGCCCCAGAGCAGCUCUGCCAUCGCCACCCUGCAGCAGGCCGUAGCCAUGAGCUUCUGCCCCCAGAUGGUCAGCCCUCUCGUGGGGCCGGGGGUUCUCCAGUCCCCCCGCAUGGUCCGGCGCUUCCAGGUGGUGCAGAGCAUCUCCAGCCCCAUCUCGGUGUCUCCCCUCCAGUCCCAGCAAAUGUCAGCCGGGGCCUUAGCUUCAACCAUCUCCAGCCCGCCAGUCCAGAGCCCCCUGGCAGCCGGAGGGCGAACUUUCCAGUACAGCUCCAGCCCCGGCCAGUCUGGUUCCCAGCUCUCCCUGGUCCAGCAGCGCGCCCCCAGCCCUCCCCAACGCCCAGCCGCCCACAAGAGCACCCAAGCCUUGCACACGGGCAGCUUGAGCCAAGAGGCCAGGCUGCUGUCCGCUUCCCAGCCCUCCCUCCCACAAAAUGGGUUGCAAGCGACAGCAGCCCCCAGCCCACCACAGUCCACCCGGGUGUCGUCCACCUCCAUCGGCCCCUCACAGGUUCACCCCAGCACCCCGGGCUCACCCGGGCUCAGGGGGCCCCAGAGGGCGGUCUUGCCCCACCAGAUGUCAGUAGGGCCAGGGGGGGUCAUCUACCCCUCUACACCGCCCCCCGCUGGGGCUUCACCCAUGGGGCAGCAGGACUCAGGAACACCCAAGAAGGAUUCGGUGGUUAGCAUCCCAGACACAGACUUGGUCAAAUCUAGGCUCUCUUCCAAUUUGUGACCUUGAGUGUUUUUAGGAGUCUUGUUUGAGAGCUGAGGAUUUUGUUCCAUUGCCCCCCCCCCCGUGUAAAUCUUCAAUCAGAAUAUAUACUGAGUGAGUGUUGGGAGGGGGCAAAAGAAUUAGGAAAUUCAAAAGGACCUGCUUAACUAAGGAUUCCUACUCGAUACUAAGUCUGUACAAAAUAACGUGGGAUGUUUCUACUCCACUGACUCUAUAGGUAGGCUCACGGUACAUAGUAGUAGCCCCCCCCCCCCCCCCCCCCAUCUGUCCCACCCGUAAAUUUAGCUUUAUUUACUGUAAAGUGAAUUUAAAAAACACAAAAUAAUGUAUCUGUUAAAUCCUGUAUAGAAUCAAAACCAUGCAAACUGACGUGAGCUGGCCGAAAAAAAACCUGAAAGGGUAAUCAGGGACCUGCUUUGGAAGACAAUGGAGCCGCUUUGCAGUGUAUUGGGGUGUCCUUUUCUGCAUAAACAAGCUACAUAGCUAGGUGUUCUACUCAUGACGCUGUUAUAAUAGUCUGGUUUUAGAAAAAAAAAGCUAAUAGUCUUUUAGACCGCUGGUCGAUCUUAUAUCGAUUAUUAUAAAUAAAUAAAUAAUUGAAUCUUUGUUGUACCUUCGCAAGACCAAAGCUGAGCUUAAACACAACGUUUGGGGUGUCUUUGUCAACUGAAAAAUGGCAUUUGUUUGACUGCCUUGAUUCUGAUUGCAAUCGACUUUAGAAGCCAUAUUCUUAGUUCAUCUGUGCGCAUGUACGUGUGUUUCUUCCUCUACCCUUUUCAGGAGCUGAGAUUUAACUCCGGGGGGCUUCUUACCAGGAAGGUUCCAUUGGGUUUUCCAAAUAGAAAAAGCUGGUUGUCAAGUUUACAAUAGGUUAUCCGAUUAUGGAAAUUAAAUAUUGAAAUAAGGCACAAAAAAAAAGAAAGGAUUUAAUGUGAAUGUGGUCUAUUGAAUUAAUUUUAAGUGCAGUGGCUGAAAGACACUUAGUCAGAAGUUUUGACUACUUUUUAGUACCACAGCCCCACUGUCGAUUAAGCCAGAAAGCAAAUACUGUAACCUCUUUAAAUAAAUGCAUAAAAUCGGCAACCUACUGAAAACAUUGCAAGCAGGUUUUUUUUUCUCCAAGCUGUUUGUUCCUGGGGUGAACGAUCCCCCUGCUCGAGAAAUAAAAUCCUGCAAUCUAAACACAGGUGAGGGUUGAAGGACUCGCCUCUGCAAUGCUUUCUCAGAGCAAGAAGUGCUGCAUCAGUGUAGGUGCUUUAUGAGAGCAACAUGUGAUCUAAGUAAAAAAAUAAAAGCAAGGUGAUAGUUAGGCGACUUGUUGAUUUAAAUAUAAAUAUAUGUAUAUACAGUUAUAGAAACUCUUUGAGAAACAAAAGCAAAAACCAGGAGAGGCUUUGUUCCUGUGCAUCUGUAUCCCUCACCUCUGUUCCGAGUGCAGUUUGGUUGGCCCCGGGGUAAGGUGGUUCAGAUUCGACAGGAAACUGAACUGUUUCUAACUGAUUAAAGUAUUUUGAUUGGCUAUCGCUGUUAGCCAUGGAUUUAUAUCUGCCUAGAAACGUAUUAACCCCAAAAACAUGCACAAAACCAUUCCACUUCUGUGGUCUAAGCAUGGCUAGGCUAUAGGGAUUCAAUUCACAAUUUGGGGCAAAAAGGUUCAGUUCGUGAAAUUAACAGACUGCAUGGAGACACUAAUUAAUUCCAAAUAAAUGCUGCUCCACUUUCAGUCCACUUUUUUGCAUGAACUGAUCAUUUACACUAAAGGUUUCCCUGCUAGCUGAAUGAAUUGGGUCUCGGGACAGCAGAAUACUUUGGCUUGCUGCUCAGUUUUAACCACCAGCUGCAUCCUGGGAGCGCUAGUCCGGGGUCUAUCCUCCAAUUGAGAGAGAGGGAGAGUACAGAUUGACUCAGUUUCUACCAAUCAUCCCCUCCCGAAGUGGUCGGGCCACACCCAUCACCGACGGCGGUCCAAUGGGAGCCUGUCACAGGUGGGUCGAGUUUAAACACUUGACGCCUUUUUAAACCUGUUUCUAAAUGAGUUCUCUUCCCAACUGACCAGAGAAGCUGCUGUUUAGAGCUCAAUGAAAAAAAAAUAGAAAAAGGAAACAACCCUAUGCUCUUUCUUCAUUCAUUCAUACUGUAGGUAGCAACCCCUAACCCCUUUGGCAACCUGCUACUGGACUGUUAACUGACUACAGCCAAUGCCAAGCCCAGUUGUUCAUACUGCCAGGAACGUACCCCUUAAGCAAUCAAGUGCUGCUAGAAGCAAUGGAGCUACCAGCAGGCUAAUUCUUUCAGGAUGCGACCAUACGCUUGAAAGCAUCAGAGCCGUUCCUUUUUAAAUGUGUUUAAUUCCUAAGGUUUAAAGAAUCUGCAGGAGAGCAGUUUUUGCAGGCAACAGCUACUGUAUAACUGCCCAGAGCAAACCGUAAAGACGAGCAGUCACUGUUUCAGGUUGCUUAUCAGGGUAUGGUGUAAGGGGGUGGAAGAUCUUUUGGUUUCCUUAUUAUGGAAGAAAGGAUUAUUUUUGGUUGCAGAAAACCAGAAGGGGCUAUCUGCAAAAAACAAGGCGGUUUGCGUUUGAUGAAAAGGAGUUAACUGCUAUUUGUGGCAUGUCUUUAGUGCAUUCAUACAGACUCAGGGUUUGACAUGAGUAAUGGUGUGUGUGUCACUGUAUGAAUUUGUAUGAAUUCUACGGCAAAUUAGGAAAAAUAACUUCCAAUGGCCUUUUAAAACACAGUUAGCUGCAAUUGGUUGGUACUCAAUUGUAAAGUUGAGGGAAGGGCAGGAUUUCUUGUUUUGAAAUCAACACAUCAGCGAAUAGAUUUAUUUGCUACUUCUUAAGUAUCCACACAUCCCUACCUCUGACCCAGCUAAUUCUCAGACAGGAAUACAGUUCCCAUCCCCCUUAGAAUGGAUGGCUCUGGAAACGCAGUGCUGUAUCUAAGUGGAUCUAUAUCCAUAUCUAUCUUUAAACAAAUAACUUUAAUAUGAAUACAAAAAAACAAAUCACCCUCCAUUGUCUUGCAAAUACCAGCUAUGUUUUUCAGAUAGCACCGCUCGGUUUUCAACAGAGUUUAAUUUAAAACAUCUCUCUUGGUUUAUCAAGUGCAAUGCAGUAAAAAAAAUAAUCGAAUAAGAAAAAAGACAACCCCCCCCC